UAUUGAUUCCCCAGAGAGCCACUUCUGAUACUCCUUUGUACCCCGGUGCCCCACUUUCCACUCAGCCUCUGAUUCAUGAGGCCAUGGAGCAGAACCAGCACAUCCAAGGAAAAGAGAAAGGCGAGGAGCUGGAUGAGCUGCACUACCAGGACACCGACUCAGAAGUGCUGGAGCAGAGGGACAGCAAGUGUAAGGUCAAAUGGACGCACGAGGAGGACGAGCAACUGAGGGCCUUGGUGAAGCAGUUUGGACAGCAAGACUGGAAGUUCCUGGCCAGCCAUUUUCCUAACCGCACAGACCAGCAAUGCCAGUACCGGUGGCUGAGGGUUUUGAAUCCAGACCUUGUCAAGGGUCCAUGGACCAAAGAGGAAGACCAGAAGGUCAUUGAGCUGGUCAAGAAGUAUGGCACGAAGCAGUGGACACUAAUUGCCAAGCACCUGAAGGGCCGCCUGGGGAAGCAGUGCCGCGAGCGCUGGCACAACCACCUGAAUCCCGAGGUGAAGAAGUCGUGCUGGACCGAGGAGGAGGACCGGAUCAUUUGUGAGGCGCACAAAGUGCUGGGCAACCGCUGGGCAGAGAUCGCCAAGAUGCUGCCUGGGAGGACGGACAAUGCGGUGAAGAACCACUGGAACUCCACCAUCAAAAGGAAGGUGGACACCGGAGGCUUCCUGGGUGAAUCUAAAGACUGCAAGCCCCCUGUGUACUUGCUGCUGGAGCUGGAGGACCAGGAUGGCUCCCAGGGUGCCCAGCCCGCCGAAGGCCAGGGAAGCCUUGUGACCAGCUGGCCCCCGGCACCCCUCGCCAUGAAGGAAGAGGAGGGCAGUGAGGAGGAAGCUUCCGUAGCCGUUACUUCUAAGGAGCAGGAGCCUGGCCCCACAGAGCUGGAUGCGGUGCACACACCGGAGCCCUCGGAGUUCCCCAAGCAGGAAGACGAGGAGGGCUCCUCGCCGGAAAUCAGCCUGCCCUACAAGUGGGUGGUGGAGGCGGCAAACCUCCUUAUCCCCGCUGUGGGCACCAGUUUCUCUGAAGCACUGGACUUGAUCGAGUCGGACCCGGAUGCCUGGUAUGACCUGAGUAAGUUCGACCUUCCCGAGGAGCCUGCAGAGGGCAGCAUCACAGGCAGCCCCGUGCAGCCCCAGGCAGCGCAGCAGCAGCAGGCACUGCCAACCCGCCAGCCGGCCUCCUUGGGGCCGACUGUGACCGAGUACCGCCUGGACGGCCACACCAUCUCGGACCUGAGCCGCAGCAGCCGGGGCGAGCUCAUCCCCAUCUCCCCCAGCACUGAGGUCGGGGGCUCGGGUAUUGGCACACCGCCCUCCGUGCUCAAGAGGCAGAAGAAGCGGCGUGUGGCCCUGUCCCCUGUCACGGAGAACAGUGCCAGCCUGUCCUUUCUGGACUCUUGUAACAGCCUCACUCCCAAGAGCACACCUGUCAAGACGCUGCCCUUCUCACCCUCCCAGUUUCUGAACUUCUGGAACAAACAGGACACCCUGGAGCUGGAGAGCCCCUCGCUGACGUCCACUCCAGUGUGCAGCCAGAAGGUGGUGGUCACCACGCCCCUACACCGGGAUAAGACGCCCCUGCACCAGAAGCACGCUGCGUUCGUAACCCCGGAUCAGAAGUACUCCAUGGACAACACUCCCCACACACCAACCCCGUUCAAGAAUGCCCUGGAGAAGUACGGGCCGCUGAAGCCCCUGCCCCAGACCCCGCACCUGGAGGAGGACCUGAAGGAAGUGCUGCGAUCCGAGGCCGGCAUUGAGCUCGUUGUUGAGGAUGAAGGGAGGCCCGAGAAGCAGACGAGGAAGCCUGGGCUGCGGCGGAGCCCCAUCAAGAAAGUCCGCAAGUCCCUGGCUCUUGACAUCGUGGAUGAGGACGUGAAGCUGGUGAUGUCCACGCUGCCCAAGUCUCUGUCUCUGCCUCCAAAUGUCCCAUCCAGCUCCUCCAGCCUCAGCCUGCCAAGUGUCAAAGAGGACAACAACCUGCUCAACCAGGGCUUCCUGCAGGCCAAGCCCGGGAAGGCAGCGGCAGCCCAGAAGCCCCGGAGCCACUUUCCAGCCCCCGCCCCUAUGACCAGCGCCUGGAAGACGGUGGCCUGUGGGGGGACCAAGGACCAGCUCUUCAUGCAGGAAAAAGCCCGGCAGCUCCUGGGCCGCUUAAAGCCCAGCCACACUUCUCGGACCCUCAUCUUGUCCUGAAGGGCUUGGAGGAGGGAGGGCGCACGUCAUUCUCAUGUUUACAGGGGCUGGGGGUGGCGCGGUGCGGUCUGAAUUUAGAGUCACACUCAGGUGACCAGUUGCAGGGAGCCUUCUGCCACCAGCCCUUCCUCAAACUGCUCAGGAGGCGCAGGAGGGCUACCUGUCCUGUCGCCAAGUCUAGCUGCGGGCGGCUCCUGGUGCUCACGGAACAAAGUCCCACUCCUAGGCCUGCCUGUCCCUCCUCCCUGAUGCCUCGGGGAGCCCCAGUGAGCUUCUCCCAAGCCCUGGGCAGGGUUGGCCUCAUCUCAGACCCUUGCUUAGGACAGGGGCAUGGCUGGGGUGCUUCUUUCCUCAGCCUCUGUUGGUAUAUUGUCUUGAAGUAAUAAAUUGCCUUUCUCCUUGUA